GAAGGUGCCCAGGCAUUUGCUUCCUUAAGGGUGAGAGGGAAGCAGGUGACAUGAUCCUAAUUUGGAGCGUUACCAGCCCUUGAGGAGGCCUACAUGCCCAAGCAUCCUGAGACUCCCCUAGUAGGGAGUGAUUUGUAGCCCAAGGAUGGGGUCCACCCAUUCUCAGGGCUUGAUACACAGACUGCAGCAGUUAAGGUGUUCAAGAGGCUUGAGUUGGGACUAGCACCCCAUACUUAUCUCCAGGACUUAAACUUGGGCACAAGUAAGGUUUUUGGAUGCUCUUUUGUCUACCCGUAGUGGUGUAGACCUGUCCUUGACCCCUCCUGUGAUUUUCAUCUCUUUGUCUUGGGAGAGUAUCGCAUUUGGGAGCCAGGAUAGUUUGAGGGAAGGAGUAGCAGGAAACAGGGGUGACAGUUGGAGCCGGGACAACAGAGCAGUUGGCUCAGCAUGGAAUCACUUAGACACGUCACCUCCAGUUGGUCUUUGGCAAAGAAAAAAACCACAUCCUCUCCAAGAGCUUUGGCCUCAAGAGUAGGAAGGGCUUCCCACUCUUAACAGCCCAAGGGCUGAGGGAGCCACAUGUGCCAGGUCCCUGCCCACAGGCCUUUGGAGCUUCUAGGGGGGGUGUGGACUGGGCUUAGGGUGCUAGUAGUUUAUAAAGCAGCAGAAAUCCUGUCCUGAGCAGAGCAUUCUAGCAGCUGACACGAUGAGGGGGGCACUGCUUGUGCUGGCAUUGCUGGUGACCCAAGAGCUGGGCGUCAAGAUGGCGGAAACUUGCCCCAUUUUUUAUCACGUCUUUACUGCGGUGACCUCUGGAAAUGAAUUACUGUUGGACUUCUUACUCACGGUAGUCAAUGCUACUGAACCAGAGAGAACAGCCAUGAAAAAAAUCCAGGAUUGCUACGUGGAGAACGGAUUGAUAUCCAAGGUCUUGGAUGGAAUAGUCAUGGCAACCAUCAGCUCCAGCAAAGAUUGCAUGGGUGAAGCAGCUCAGAACACCGUAGAAGAUCUCAAGCUGAACACUUUGGGGAGAUGAAUCUUUGCCGCUGAUGCCCCUUCUGAGCCCCAUCCUCCUGCCCUGUUCUCCUUUACACCUAAAGCUGGAAUCCAGAUACCUGUCCUCACCUAAUUCACUCAUAAUCAGGCAGACUAGAAUAAAAAAACUGCAUCUUAGCACCCCCGGGUGCCCCGUGUCUG